UCCUCUCUCCCGUCUCUCAUGUCGUUGGCGCUGUCCUCACCAAUGCUCAUCCGGAUCCUACUAUUUGUCGUCAGUGUGGUCGCGGCGAGCGACGACGACAACAACACCCACCAUAUCUCGACGGGGACAGCGGUUAUUGGGAUUAUCAUCGCUGUUGCCCUAUUCUUCAUUCUAUGUUGCGGAACCCUCAGCCGUCGUCGAGCAUUGGCUGCAAGGCAAGCCAACGCUGGUCGCCCACCGACCUCAGCGCCGCUGAACUCGUGGACGAGUAAUGCUGGCUUUCCGCAUGGGAUGCAGUAUGGCGGGAAUCCUUAUCGCUCGGCCCCUGGCACCCCCAUGGCGCAUCCUCAAAACCCGACGAGUGAAUAUGUCUAUCCACCACCAUUAACUGGGUCACGAACGAUGGAUGGGGAGUGGGCCCCACCGCCAUAUGUGAAGGAGGAUCUCAGUGGGCCGAAUGUACAAUAUGCUCCGCCUCCCGGCCCACCACCAGCCCCCGGGGCUCCAUAUUCCCCCCCCCCUGGUGGACCGCCACCGCCAGCUGCGGCGCAUGUCGCAACCCACUCUGGUGAUUUUAGUCGAUGA